UAUAGUAUGUAAUUAUGUUUAUUAAAAUUAAAUUACUAAAGUAAUACACGAAGAAAUGAAAAUAUUUAUUAUUUUGUUUUGGACAUUGUUUAUGGUAAUACCAUUUUCCCCGAAUACAAUAAACGCUUUAUGAUCAGGAAUUUCCGGAAGACCCCUUCUCAGGUAUAAAAUUAAGAUUAAAUGUUCUAUUUUUGUACUGAUGUUAUAGGACUAAUUGCGCUAAAUUAUUUAGUCUAGUUUUGGAUUUCGAAGAGAACGUAUGUCGAAACUGAAAAUGCCGAAGCGCGUGUUACGUGUAGAUGACUUAAUUUGUAAUCUACAUAGGUAUUUUACGGCGGAAAAAGAUAACGGAGGACUUUUAAAGCCAGUAGUGAGUGUGCAUGAACGCGUCUGUACAGCUUUCGGUAUUAGUGAUUCAAAAUUAAAAUAGGUUUUGAAAAACGUCAAAAGCGAAGAGAGAAAAAAAAAUAAAAAAUACACACCUCGCAAAAAACUGAAAACGUCGGAUAUAUCUGGUGGGACAAAAUUUCGUAUUCGUGAUAUGGUGUAUGAAAUGCGUGCGAAAAAGGAACAUGUCAACUUUGACACAUUGCUGGCUAACUUAAGAGAAAUACAAAUUGGUGAAUUUGGCCGAACAAAUCUUUGGAAGUUGCUUAAGGAAAUAGGUUUUAGAUUUAAAAAGGAAGAUAAUAGAAAAGCUUUAUGUGAAAAAAAUAUUGUUGUUCACAAAAGAAUACAUUUUUUAAGAGAAUACACUCGUUUAAAAGAGAAUGGAGCUUCGUUUAUAUAUUUGGAUGAAAUCUGGAUAUUUUCCAAAGGUGGAACGAAAAGAAUAUGGCAAGAUGAAAAUAUAAAAUCAAUAAAACAUACUAAUGGUGAGGGAAAGCGACACAUAAUCUUGCACGCAGGUGGAAAGAAUGGAUUUGUGGAUGGUGCAGGAUUAAUAUUUUGCUCUAAAUCAAAAUCAGAAGACUACCACGAUAACAUGAACUCGGAUAUGUUUAUAAAAUGGUUAAAUGAAAAACUAUUACCUAAUUUAGGUGAACCGUCUGUUAUAGUGUUAGAUAAUGCGAGCUAUCACACAUAACUUUUAAAC